AUGUAUCAGAAUCUGAUGCAACACUACUGGUGGAAAGAUUUGUAUAUGAAGCACAUUGUGAGAUUGGAUGGAGUGCCGGUGAUGAUCAACUCAACUUGUGAUCCCAAGUUCACUGUCACAUUUUGGAAAAGUCUACUGGCUGCUUUAGGAACGAAGCUGCGAUUCGGUAUGGCUCGUCACUCGCAAACAGAUAGCCGAUCUAAAAGGACGAUUCAGACAUUAGAGGAUAUGUUGAGAGCAUGUGUCUUGGAUUUUAAGGGUAGUUGGAAAGAACAGUUGCGUUUGGUUGAGUUCGCCUACAACAACGGUUUUCAGCAAAGUAUCAAGAUGACACCAUUUGAAGCAUUGGAGAAAGGAAAGUUGAGCCCAAUGUAUGUUGGGCCUUUCGAAAUUUUGGAGCUGAUUAGAAAUUUGGCUUAUCCCCUAGCGUUGCCGCUAAGAUCGGCCCCAGUGCAUAAUGUGUUUUAUGUGUCAAUGCUAAGAAAGUACGAGCCAGACUCCGCUCAUGUGUUGAGUUAUGAAGAAAUUGAGCUAGAUGAACGAGCUGCAUAUGUGGAACGGCCAAUUAAGAUCGUGGAUAGGAAAGAGCAAGUGCUCCGGAGCAAGACGAUUCAGUUGGUUAAGGUGGUUUUGCAACACCAUGAGGCCGAAGGAGCUACUUGGGAGAACGAGAAAGUUAUAAAGAGUAGCUAUCCUUAUCUUUUUGAAUAG